AUGCCGACGCCAACUGAACUCUUUUUGGCCGAGAGGUGUUUAGAAAAGGAGCUGCAGUGUAUCUAUGGCAAAGUGAUCCAGGACGAUGAAGAUUUUCGAGCAACCUAUCUCUACGUCUUAACUGGACGUGGAGCUUCACCGGCAGACCACCCUGCUGCCUGGAGAGAGCCGAUAUUACAAUCAGUAGGCUCUCUCAGUGAGUCGAGCUCCUCCCGCAGAUUUAUAGGCUCAUACAUCGCUCACAACAUUGAUCUCAUCAAUCAGGUUCCAUUUACUCCACCUCGUUUUGAUUUUAUUGAUAUGAGAACGAAUUUACCGAUAGCCGCAAUUAACAUGUCGAAGUUUGUGUACUUUCGCUACCAUCAUUUGCCCGCCAGAGAACUGAGAACAGCCUCUCCCCCUCGAAUUGGAAGAAGGCCCGACCACCGAGAUUUUGAAAACUACAGGAGAGCUAUUGAAAUGUUUGUGAGCGACAUUGGACAGCGAACGAUAGAACGAGCCCGAGGAAUCACAUCCAUGAUUGUGCUGGCAAACGUCAUGAGCGAAGAGUUUAAACGAAGAUGUAGAUCGAUAGCGAAUCACUUCCAAUUGGAGACGUUCUUCUACAACUCCGUGACCGAUGAUCAAUUGUACUAUGUCUUUACUGAUUUUUGGUCAUCUAUUGACUUUAGGUCCCUUCUAGUUAGCGAUGAGCUUCCAAAUUCUCCUACAGAGCAAGAUAAAUGGCGAUUUCAAUUGAGAAGGUUUACCAAAGUGACGUUUGCUUGUUUAGCACGUGAUUACUUCAAAUACUGCUUGCAGGUGACAAGGUUAAAGAAGGACCAUAAUCGAUGUGAUUCGACGCAACCGUCAGAACGGGAGGAGAAGCUUAAUGAGGAGAAGGCCACUUACGAACGAUUGUGCCGGAACCUCAGGGACUAUCCCAAUAUAACUAGGGAAAAUGAAGUUGUCAGAGAUUUGCACAUAGAGACUCUUGCGCCUCCCGACGAAGAUACACAGCUCAUUACAGAACUGCCAGCUAUCGAGAUACAAGAAGGUCAUAUUCCACGCGGUGGGAUGAUUUUUUUCGAUGUAGAGAAAGAGAGAAAACGCUUCAUUACGGGUUUGCAGAAAGUAGUUGACGAGUGGCGGAAGCCGCCAGCGUUGGUGCUUUUGAAGGACGCUCGGGAUUUUUAUGCUACGCGGAAUUUCCUCGUUGACUGCAAUCCACCCAUGUAA